CUGAGUGAAGCGGCAGCCGCUCGACUGCUUGCCGGGGCCUUGAAUGGAGAGCUGAAGGGGCCAUCUGACACGCUCUGGACCUCUGGACACGCGCAGGGCCAGAGGCUUCAGGCAGCCUUGGAGCAUGGCAAGUCCCAAGCACCCUGGGGGCCCUGGAUGGAUGGGACACGGAGCCCAGUGCAUGGCAGGGACCAAGCAGGAAACAUCAGCCACGGGCCCAGACCUCCCACGUCCUGGACCUGAAGGGCAUUUAGAGGCCCGCAGCAGCCCCGGCUCCAACUCCAGCAUGACCACGCGGGAGCUGCAGGAGUACUGGCGCGGCGAGAAGGGCUGCUGGCGGCGCGUCAAACUGCUCUUUGAGAUCAGCUCGGCCCGCAUCGAGGAGAGGAAGGUCUCCAAGUUCGUGAUGUACCAAAUCGUCGUCAUCCAGACGGGGAGCUUUGACAGCAACAAAGCCGUCCUGGAACGGCGCUAUUCGGACUUCGAGACGCUCCAGAAAAACCUCCAGAAGACCUUCAGGGAGGAGAUCGAAGACGUGGUCUUCCCCAGGAAGCACCUGACGGGGAACUUCACGGAGGAGAUGAUCUCGGAGCGCAAGCUGGCCUUCAAGGAGUACCUGAGCCUGCUGUACGCCAUCCGCUGCGUGCGCCGCUCCCGGGAGUUCAUCGACUUCCUCACGCGGCCCGAGCUGCGGGAGGCCUUCGGCUGCCUGCGCGCCGGCCAGUACACCAAGGCCCUGGACAUCCUGGUGCGCGUGGCGCCGCUGCUGGAGAAGCUGACGGCCCACUGCCCCGUGAUGCUGGUGCCGGCCCUCUGCGCCAUGCUGGUGUGCCACCGCGACCUCGAGCGCCCGGCCGAGGCCUUCGCGGCCGGCGAGAGGGCCCUGCAGUGCCUGCAGGCCCGGGAGGGCCACCGCUACUACGCGCCCCUGCUGGACGCCAUGAUCCGCCUGGCCUACGCCCUGGGCAAGGACUUUGCGUCGCUGCAACAGAGGCUGGAGGAGAGCCAGCUGCGGAAGCCCACCCUCCGGGGCUUCACGCUGAAGGAACUCACCGUCCGAGAGUAUCUGUACUGAGCGCUCCGCAGGGAAGCUGGGAUUUGGGGUCACCAUUGCUCGGUGGGCUGUUUGGGUUCAUUGUUAAUGGGAAGAGCCACUUUGGGCUCUGACUUGCUGGGUGACUUUGGCCCAGCCCCUCCUCUGGUCUCCCAUCUGCGUCGAGCAGAGGUGUUCCCGUGCAUCCUUGGAAGCCUCUGCUUGUGUCCUGUGUCCCCUUGAUGCCAGGCCCACUUCAUCUCAGAACCACAAACCCAGCUGCCAAAACACGGGAGAGUGAUAUCCACCUUACUGGUGUUUUUGUGGGUAGCUGGAGGAGAGGUCACAUUGCACACCGUGGACAAAGCGUGAUCCAUUUCCUUGCAGAGGGCUCUCCCCAGCUGUCCUGAGUCUUUUCUCUCUGCUCCUCCCCCUCCGUGUUGCUCGAAAUAUUCCCACCCGUUAUCCUAAGUAUUCUAGCUCCUCCCUCUUAGUGUGUAGACCCAACUCAGCAAAACAAAAGCUCACCUACUGCUCCUUGUCCCCAGGGUGGGGUGUAUGCCAUCCUUUGAGGGGUGGGAGGAUCCUGGGCCAGAACACAAUUAUGCCUUAAGAUUCUCUGAUGCAAGGCAUUUUCAGCAAGGGAAGUUGCCACCGAUUAGAGAAAUCAUUGGGAUCUAACUGUUAGGUUAGGAUGGCACACCUCAUAGGCCAGGGGUGGGUUUUCACUUGUAAGGCAACUGUGGCUUGAAUGGGCUCCCUGGGUUAUGUAGACAAGGCCCUGAAGGGAGGGAGGAAGAUACUCAGUGGGGCCCCUGGGUAGAAAGAGAUUGAAUGCUCCACACGGCCCCAUUUGAGGGACAAUGUUCUGGAAGCUCUCUGAUGGAUUGGGAUGCUCUUGACUGAAGCCUGCAGUCAGGAAACGACACCAAGGGCCCCUGAGUGAAGAGGAGUCUGGACCAAUGACCUGGGUUCAAUACAGGGCCUGAGCUGAUGGUACAGGCUGGUUUGGGCCCAAUAUGUGUUUAAGGCCGGAAGUCCCUGAAGACCUAAACCAUCUGGCUGAGCCUAGAAGGGUGAACUAGAGAGGCUGUAACUCGGGGACCUGAAUGUGGGGCACCACUUCGGCCUGUGCAGGGAUCUGGCUCAGCAAAGGGUUCACCAUAGCAGUGGACGGGCAUUCACCAAACUGCACCAGAAUGUGUUCAACAGCGACACCAUGUGGCAACAAGUGUAGUGGCCCCAUCAGGCUCUGUGCUGGGGGCUACAGCCAGGCUGACACCUUUGGACAAGGAGAGCCUUCAGGUCUCUCAGUUUACUCCAGGAGAAGGACACUUCAAGGGGGGGAUACUGGACUUCUUGAAAAUCUGGGCAUAGGGAAAAUUAAAGUGUUAAAUGGGAAAAUGAAA